UCAAUUUUGUAAGCGAAAAGUUGUUUCAAAUUCUACUAAAAUUCGCACAUUUUAAUAAAUUCGUGUCUUUAAAAUAUCGCGAAAUUGAAUUCCGAUAAAUUUUCUUUAGAAGUUCGUUGCCCUUUUUUGUACCUAGACAAUUUUGCAUCAUAUUUCAUUGAUUGAAUUUCAAAAUUUUCAUUUCAUCUUGCCAUUUUGCAUACACUGUGUCGUGUUAAAAAAAAGACUUCGUUGAUUGAUGAUGUCAGUGAAAGUUUGCUACUCUACUUGCUCCAAGGUUUAACAAGUUUGAAUUUGAUAUCAUAUUCGAGAUGGCGAUGAAAUUCACACUCUACAGCGUUAAUUUUUCAUUCAUUAUUCGCGAUUAUGUGCAUAAUAAUUGAUUUUCCAUAAUGUAAUCGAUAUUUUUUACUUUUCGAAAUCGGUAUUUUGUUAUUUACACCUGUUCGUUUGAAAGUACUAGACAAAUUGUCUGUAUGACAAUAUUUGUUAACGCUGUUGUCAUCUCUUUUCAUUUGCUAGCGAAUAAUACAGUCGAAAACCUUCUGAAAAUGAAUCCAGACUUCAAGUUACCUACUGGACGUAGGGAGUUAAAAAUAGGAGAUAGCCUUAGAAAUAAUGGCACAGCGUUUCACGGAAUUAAAUAUGAUUUCAAACCAAGUAACGAAGAAUUCAACGAAUCUGCCAUAAUGGAAAUCACGCCAACUAAUCAAGUAACCGUUAAGUACCCUCAAAGUGAAAAUGAAGGAACGACCGAUUUCAUGUAUUCCGGAACGAUGAGACAGUUCCCUAAAGAAUAUUUCCUUAUGAUUGAUCACGUUACCGGUGAAGUGACGUUAGAAAGACUUACAGCAAAUAUUCAACUUAAACGAACAAAGGUUGCAAACUCAAAUAAUAAAUUAGCGAAAAAUCAAAAUAACAAGAAAGUAGAAAUUGAGAAGGAUAGUCCCACGUCACCAGAACUCAGGACACCGUCGUCGGCGAAAAAGAAAACCAAAAAGAAACAAAAGACUAAAAAUACUACCAUGGCUGAUCCGAAAUUAAUGAAUAAGAAGUAUGGCCUUAUACCUCAACAUUCACCAUUGCAUCCUUCUCCAUCUAGGACAUCUCCAUCGGAGAAAAAUCCAAUCGGCAAUGAUUACAAGUCUCCUAGUACUCCUACUUCUCCUGAAGCUGGUAGCUCACUAAGAACUCCGCAAUCAUUGGACGAUGAUGAAUCAUCGAUGACUGGAUUUGAAUCUAAAUUUUCAAUAAAUUUACCAGAAUUAACAAAUAUGCCUCAACAAGUGAACGAGUUCGGGUUGGCCAUAGAAGAUACUAUUGGAACUAUAAGUGAUACGUCUAGCGACUCAUCUAGUGAUAGUGACAGUGAUAGUGGUUCUUCUUCGUCGUCGUCGGCAUCUAGUAAUAAAGGAGCACCAGCUCGUACGAAUGGUUACCUGAACGGUUAUGUAUCACCAACGGCUCUAAAAGAUCAACUUUUGAAAGGAGACCUGCAGCUUUCAGAAACAGGAUCGGACAGCGAUUGACAUUCGACAUUUUUAAAUCUUAUCAUUCGUUUUUCUUUUUUAAAAGAAACAAUUAGCGAGAUCGCGACUGUUGGUUGUUUAACGGGUAUCAAAUUACCAAUCGAUUGUUAACAUAAUAUUAUGAAUUAUGGUAUUGUUUAUGUCAGCGUUAUUUCUCCGUUCCCAGUUGAUUAAUAAAUUUUUCGAAUAAGGUAUUCAUUGCGAAAUAGCCUUGACUAUAUCACUCAUUUGAAUCAUUGAAACAUAUUCGUUAUUUAUUAAGUUGUUUUAAAAUAAGGACCUGUCGAAUUUAUUUAUUUUUUCGGAAAAUCACGUAUACAAGCCAACGAUAUGUCCAUGUUACCCUCUGACAUCACUCAAAAUUGAAAAACAGAAAUCGCCAUCAAUUUAUUUUGUACAAUUUUUAUUAAUUUAUUUUCCUAUCUUUAUUUCCUUCUUUUAAAGAAAAAAAAAAAUUAUUUAUUAUCGAGUGUUUGGUUCUUUAAAAGUAUUAGUGCAAUGCUUAAGCGCUGCUGUGAAUUAGGAUCAGUGACGAUGAUACGCUCCCAGUGAUUUGCUCAUUUUUUUAUGGUAAAUUUAUGGCAAUUUAUCUUUCUCUUUUACGUACAAAUUAAUGCGAGCUUAUGGACUUUUUAUUUUCGAAGCUUCUCACGCAGUUCAACUUCUUUUUUUCAUUUUUCGUUUACGUAUUUCAAACAGACUGACAUGAAUAAAAUGGUACAAAUUAUCGAGUUUAUGUCUUAAUUGUUUUGAUUUUUUUUUACGGUUGAAUUCAAUCGAGGUGGUUUUUCAAUGUUGAACUUUUAUUAUUUUAAUAUUGUUUUAAUGUUUUUAAAAUUCAAAUUAAAUAUUCUGUGUUUCAUUUUAGCCCGUGGCUUUUCGCACUGAAGUAUUUAUGUAUAUUUUUUACCAUUAUUACAAUAGAACUUGUGAUUAGUUUGAAACAAAACGUUUAAUUAUCAAGUGAAACUGUUACAUAUUUUUGCUUGUCGAAGUAUCAUAUUUUUUUCUUUUAAAAUUGUUAUAAUGGUUAAAUUAUUAGUUGAUAUUUUAGUUGAAAAAUUGUUUUAUAUUUUUUAGUUCAAUUUAUGUGUAAUGUUGUUUUUUUUUCUCUUCGAAUAUUUAUCUUGCCGCUGUUAAGUUUAUAAUUUUGCAGUACCGAAGCUAUAUACUUGACUAUGUUGGUUGUAAUGUGGUCAGAUCCGUACCCUCCCUAAAUUAAAUAAUAAUAAUAAUAUCGUUUCUUCCAAAAAUCUGAAAUAAUGUUGUUAGUUGAAAUGCAACCUAAUUUAGUUGUCAAUUUGUUAUUAGAAAUUAUUUUGAAAUAUUUUGUACCGGAGCUUAAAAACCCUCAUACUGAAGUGUUCGUUAUUAACCUCAGGAUGUGAAAUGUACGUAGUUUUUAAUUCUGUUUUACAUAUAUAUUUUGUUAUUUAAACUCGACAAUCGAUCGUGAAGUUGUCCGUUUAUCAAGUAUGUGAUGGAACUUGAAAUUUUGAAUCAUUUUUGAAAUGGUGUGUUCAUCGUUGCCUGUGUUACAGCUUUUUUAUUACUAUGCAUGAGGUAUUUGGUCGCAAGUAUUUAUGACGUCCGCCAGUGAAUUUUAUUUUUCAAUUAAUUUUUUUUUUUGAAGCAUAUUAAAAUUUUUGUAUACUUUAAGACUGAAAAUUUAUGAAUAUAUAUUUUAUAAAAAUC